CCGCUUCCUUCCCCUGCGCCAUUUCCCCGCCCCGCCACCGCGCCCCUGUAGUCCGCCGAGCGGGCCGGGGGCGCGGGCGGCCGCCGAGGGCCGGGGGCGGGACUUCUCUGGUCGCGCGGCAUCCGUUCCCGGCCCUUCUCGGGUCUGGGGGCGGCCUCUCUGCGGGGGCACUCGUCCUUUGAGCCGGUUUCUGGGUCAUCGCAGCUUAUUGUGAAGAUGAGGGUGGCUUCCUAGUUGAACAGACUGUUUUAAAGAAGAGAACAACUUGUGUACAAAUAGUAUUCACUACCUUAGAUCAGAAGAUGAACCCAACCAAUCCUUUCAGUGGGCAGCAGCCUGGGGUUUUUUCCAGCUCUUCCAGUAGUUCCAUAGGAACAUUUCAGGCUAAGCCGCCAUUUCGAUUUGGUCAGCCCUCGCCUUUCGGACAAAGCAAUACGUUAUCUGGGAAAACGUCAGGAUUUUCACAGGUAUCCAGCUUUCCAACAUCUUCGGGAGUAAGUCAUUCUUCUUCAGCACAAACAUUAGGAUUUUCCCAGACCUCAAAUGUUGGACUGUUUUCAGGACUUGAACACACUCCAGCCUUUGUAGCUGCCUCUGGGCCUUCAAGUUCAUGUGUGCCUGGAAACCCAGGAUUUAGUUUUAAAUCAUCCAACUUUGGGACUUUCCCAAGUGCUUCUACAUUUGGACCAGAAACUGGAGAAAUAACAAGCUCUGGUUUUGGGAAAACAGAAUUUAGCUUUAAACCUCUGGAAAAUUCAGUGUUCAGACCAAUAUUGGGGGCUGAAUCUGAGCCUGAGAAAACUCAGAGUCAAAUUACUUCUGGAUUUUUCACAUUUUCUCACCCCAUUAGUAGCGGACCUGGGGGACUGGCACCAUUUUCUUUUUCUCAGGGGACAAGUACAGCUAGCAAUUCAAAUUUCACCUUUUCAAAACCAGUUAACAGUAAUAAUUCAUCAUCUGCCUUUGCCUCUGCUUUGUCAAACCAAAAUGUAGAGGAAGAAAGAGGCCCUAAAUCACUAUUUGGAAGUUCUAAUAGUAGCUUCACUAGCUUCCCCAUAUCUUCAGGGUCUUUGGGAGAACCCUACCCGGUUAGCAAAACCGGGGUCAGACAAGGAUGUGAAGAAGGUAUAUCCCAAAUGGAGCCACUUCCCAGCCUCAUGAAAGGACUGAAAAGGAAGGAGGACCAGGAUCGCUCCCCAAGGAGGCAUGGCCAUGAUGGAGCAGAAGAUGUGGACGCUCUGUCGAGGGGAGAUCAUCCUCCAGAAUAAACGACCUGUCCGCCUGAAUCGACCCGGGGAGGCACCUUGUUUGGUCGAACGAUACAGGACGUCUUCAAAAGCAAUAAAGAAGUAGGUCGUCUUGGCAACAAGGAAUCUAAAAAGGAAGUUGGUUGUACUGAGUCCGCGGAAAAUGACCCCCGUGGCCAUCCAGGAGGGAGUCAGUCUUCCUCAGCACUUUCCCGGCUCCCAGGUGUGAGAGAGGAGGAAACUGAAAGUAGAGAUAAAAAAGAAGAUUCUCUAAGAGGAACACCUGGGCGUCAAAGUAAAAGAAGCGAGAGCACAGACAGUCUUGGAGGCUUGUCUCCUGCUGAAAUCACAGCUAUCCAGUGCAAGAACAUCCCUGACUAUCUCAACGACAGAACCAUUUUGGAGAAACACUUUGGUAAAAUUGCUAAAGUGCAGCGCAUCUGUACCAGGCGCAGCAAAAAGCUUGCCGUGGUAUAUUUUUUUGAUCAUGCAUCUGCAGCCCUGGCUAGGAAGAAGGGGAAAAGUCUGCAUAAGGACAUGGCUGUCUUUUGGCACAAGAAGAAACUGAGUCCCAAUAAGAAGCCCUUUUCCCUGAAGGAGAAGAAGCCAGGUGACGGUGAAACUGGCCAGGGCCCGGAGGACGCACCUUUCAAGCACUCCCCUCUUAGCAAGCCCGUGGGGAGGGCUGCAGCUGUCACCCUCCUGAGUAAAAGCUCUCCAGUGAAGAAGCCAAGUCUUCUAAAGACCCAUCAGUUUGAGGGAGCUUUUGAUUCGGGCUCUGAGGGAUCCGAGGGUCUUGGGCCAUGUGUGUCAUCUCUUAGCGCCCUGAUAGGCACCGUGGCUGAGACAUCUGAGGAGAAGUACCGCUUGCUUGACCAGAGGGACAGGAUCAUGCGACAAGCUCGGGUAAAAAGAACUGACCUGGACAAAGCAAGAACUUUUGUUGGAACGUGCCCAGAUAUGUGUCCUGAGAAGGAGCGGUACAUGCGGGAGACCCGGAGCCAGCUGAGCGUGUUUGAAGUGGUCCCAGGGACUGAUCAGGUGGAUCACGCAGCAGCCGUGAAGGAGUACAGCCGCUCCUCUGCUGAUCAGGAAGAGCCCCUGCCGCAUGAGCUUCGGCCCUCGGCAGUGCUCAGCAGGACCAUGGACUACUUGGUGACCCAGAUCAUGGACCAGAAGGAGGGCAGUCUGCGGUACUGGUACGACUUCGUGUGGAACCGCACACGGGGCAUUCGGAAGGACAUCACACAGCAGCACUUGUGUGACCCUGUGACGGUUUCCCUGAUUGAGAAGUGUACCUCGGUUCCAUAUCCACUGUGUCACUUCAUGUGUGAGGAGCUGUCCUCUUUUGAUGCCAAGAUCAACAAUGACAUGACCAAGUGCCUUCAGAGUCUGAAGGAGAUGUACCAGGACCUAAGAAACAAGGGUGUGUCUGUGCCAGCGAAAGCAGAGUUCCAGGGCUACAGUCUGCUCAAUCUCAAUAAGGGGGACAUCCUAAGAGAAGUACAACAGUUCCAUCCUGCUGUUAGAAAUUCCUCCGAAGUGAAAUUUGCUGUUCAGGCUUUUGCUGCAUUGAACAGUAAUAAUUUUGUGAGAUUUUUCAAACUGGUCCAAUCGGCUUCUUAUCUGAACGCAUGUCUUUUACAUUGUUACUUUCAUCAGAUCCGCAAGGGACGCUCUCGGGCGCUCAACAUGGCGUACACCGUGAGCACGCAGCGCUCCACCGUCUUUCCCAUGGAUGGCGUGGUGCGCAUGCUGCUCUUCAGAGAUUGUGAGGAGGCCACAGACUUCCUGAACUACCACGGUCUCACUGUCUCUGAUGGCUGUGUUGAGCUGAACCGGUCCUCGUUCCUGGAACCAGAGGGGUUAUCCAAGGCCAAGAAGUCGGUGGUUAUUACCAGGAAGCUGACAGUGUCGGUUGGGGAAAUCGUGAAUGGAGGGCCAUUGCCCCUCCCUCGUCACACUCCCGUGUGCAGUUUCAACUCCCAGAACAAGUACGUUGGGGAGAGCAUGGCUGCGGAGCUGCCACAGGCACUCAGAUGACUCGGCUUGGACUCAGGUGAGGGGAAAGGAGAGGCGUGUGGUACAGAGGCAGAUGUGCCCCCACCUGCUCUCCAGCAGCCUCUUCUCCCUGCACCCACGCCAGCUUCUCUGCCUCACCUCCGGCACCCAACUCCGAGCACAGUGCCUGGCCUCUUCCAGCCACCUCCUGAGUUGCUUCCUCCGAGGCCUGCACCUGCGUACUCUGAUGCGGACCUGGCUCAGGUGGUGGAUGAGCUCAUCCAGGAGGUUCUUCAGAGGGACUGCGAGGAGGUUGGCGCCGCUGGAGCGGCCUUUGCGACCACAGCUCUGGGUGUUUCCAAUGCUGCUAUGGAGGAGCUGUUAACAGCUGCAACCCAGGCUUUGAGGCACAUUGCAGCUGAGGAAGUGUCUAAGGAAAGGGAGCGAAAGGAGGAGGAGAGGCGGCAGGCUGAAGAGGAAAGGUUGAAACAAGAGAGAGAACUGGUGUUAACUCAGCUGAGCCAUGGCCUGGCUACAGAGCUGACAGAACUUGUGGUGCAGCAAUGUGUGAGGGAAACCUGUUCCCAGGAGUUGAAGUAAAUGAAUGGGACAGACCAGAGAGUCCGCAUGGCCCGUUGCUGUGAGGAUGUCUGUGCUCACCUGGUGGACUUGUUUCUGGGGAGAAUUUUCCAGACUGCAAAGGAGACCCUCCAGGAACUGCGUGCUUCUGCAAGGUAUCUGCAGCGGUGGAGGGAAGCCGUCGCAGCCCGGAAAAAACUGAGGCGCCAGAUGCGGGCUUUCCCUGCAGCGCCUUGCUGUGUGGACAUGAACAACCGCCUGAAGGCAUUGGCACCCAGUGCAGAGUGCCCCAUUGCUGAGGAGAAUCUGGCCAAGGGCCUCCUGGAUCUGGGCCAUGCAGGGAAACUGGGCAUCUCCUGCACCAGGUUACGGUGGCUCAGGAACAAGACAGUGCACCAGAUGAAGGUUCAGCACUUUCACAAGCAACUGCUGAGUGAUGCAGCAUGGACACCCCUGGACCUGCCAUCCCUCGUGGCCAAGUACCUCCCUGGAAGGUGGGAGCGUGUGUUUUGGAAACUGGUGCUGGUGUUGCCUGAUGGAGAAGAGCAGUCCCCAGGGAGUCCUGGCAGAAUUUUAGCAAACUGGUUACAAGUCAAGUUCAUGGGAGGUGAUGGCUCAGUGGGCGACACAGGCACCAUGGCUGGGGGAAUUCAGACGCUUGCGCUGUUUCACGCUCUCAGCAGCAAAGGGGAUCAGACAGUCACUGUCAAUGUGUGUAUAAAGGUGGCUCACGGUGCUCUCAGCGACUGCGCCCUUGAUGCUGUGGAGACGCAGAAGGAGCUCCUGGGAGCCAGUGGGCUCAUGCUGCUGCUUCCCCCCAAAGUGGAGAGUGAGGACAUGGCGGAGGAGGACGACUGGCUGUCUGCGUUGCUACAGCUCAAGCAGCUCCUGCAGGCCAAGCCCUUCCAGCCUGCACUUCCACUUGUGGUCCUUGUACCUAGCCCAGGAGGGGAUGUCAUGGAGAAGGAAGUGGAAGAUGGUCUGAUGCUACAGGAUUUGGUUUCAGCUAAGCUGAUUUCAGAUUAUACCGUUAUUGAGAUUCCUGAUUCCAUUAAUGAUUUACAAGGCACAACUAAGGUUUCACGGGCUGUGCAGUGGCUGGUCUCCCACUGCCUGUUCCUUGACCUUUGCUGCCAGACCCUCAUUCAGUACGUGGAAGAUGGGGUUGGCCGUGAGUUAGCGGCGUUUUUCCAUGACAGAAGAGAGAGGCGGCAGGGCGGCCUGGUCUCACAGGAGCCUGGAGCCAUCAUUGAGCUGUUCAACAGUGUGCUGCACUUCCUGGCCUCCCUGGUGUCAUCUGAACAGCUGUGCGACCUGUCCUGGCCUGUCACUGAGUUUGCCGAAGUAGGGGGCAGCCGGCUGCUUCCUCACCUUCACUGGAAUGCCCCGGAGCACUUGGCCUGGUUAAGGCAGGCUGUGCUUGGCUUCCAGCUUCCACAGAUGGACCUUCCACCCCCGGGGGCGCCCUGGCUCCCCGUAUGCUCCAUGGUGGUCCAGUAUGCCUCCCAGAUCCCCAGCUCUUGCCAGACUCGGCCUGUCCUCCAGUCCCAGGUGGAAAACCUGCUCCGCAGAACCUACCGCAGGUGGAAGAGCAAGAGCCAUUCGCUGGGCCAGGGGGCAGGGCCCUCAGUUGCCGAGAUCCCAUGGGAUGACAUAAUUGCCUUGUGCAUCAACCACAGGCUGAGGGACUGGACACCCCCUAGGCUUCCUAUCACAUCAGAGGCUCUGAGUGAAGAUGGUCAGAUAUGUGAUUUUUUUAAAAACCACUUGAAAGCAUAUGAUGUUCCUUUGUCAUGGGAACAAGCCAGAAUGCAGACACAGAAGGAGCUACAUCUGAGUCAUGGGCGUUUGGGGAUAAAGUCUUUGCAUCCGUCUGCAAACAAGUUUCCUGCUCCGAUACUGCACAUGCACUGGAAAGGGAAGAGGAAUGUAGAGCAUGGCCCAGAGGGGCGGGCUCCCAGCACCCAGGAUCUGAUGCGUGGAGCCUCUGCCCAGGAGCUCCUGGCCCAGUGUCUGUCCCGGAGUCUGCUGCUGGAGAAAGAGGAGAGCAAGAGGUUUGAAGAUCAGCUUCAGCAGUGGUUGUCUGCAGACGCAGGAGUGUUUACAGAUUCAACAUCCCUUCCCCUCUACCUUCCUCAGACCCUGGUGUCUCUGCCUCAGACUAUUGAACCUGUGAUGAAGACAGUGACCACUACCAGCCCUCAGAAUGAAAGGCCAAGGGAGCAACUGCAGUUGUCAGAGGCAACAGGCACAUGUGUGACUGAACGGCUCAAGCACCUGGAAAGGCUGAUGCAGAGUUCAAGGGAGGAGGAAGUUGCCUCUGAGCUCCAUCUCUCUGCACUGCUGGACAUGGUGGACAUUUGAGCUACGGGACCUGAGAGAGUGAGAGUCUCCCGAAGAUUUUUGCCUUUACUCGAAAUAAUGUUCUUCUCAGAUGUUUGAUGCACUGUUGGAAAUGUGAUUAUUAAUCAUGCAAAUAAACCAUUUGAGUGUCUAAUGAGGCCAUCCCAAGU